UAACAUUUAACAACCAGCCUUGGAGGAAAUUGUAAAUUGGCGCCUUGUCAUUGAAGGAAGUGCCGAUAGAAAAGUAGUUCUUUCAAGAAAAGAUACCAGCACUCAAUGGGAAGGUAUAAUAUUUCAGCGAACAACGGCAGAAGCUUGUAAAAACGGGACAAGGUUUAUAAUGAUUAAACAUUUCGCAAUCGAUGGAAACAAUAGAGAGGUGAACAACAAUUGGGAUAGAUGGCAUUGUUUACAUCGCUGUAGAACAGCAACCUUUGGAUGCAAGUCAAUUGAAUACAGAGAGUCAGAUGGACGAUGUCAGCUCAGUGACAAAUCAAGAGUGGACAUCAAUCCCAGCUUGUGGAACAACUAUACCGAGGCGUAUGAUUUCUAUGAACGAGCAGAUUGUAACGAAUCGGACUCAUCUGUUGUUCGUCAUGUUAACAUAACAGGAUCAAAAUAUGGCAUGCUGGUAUAUGAUCUCCCAAUUCAAGCUGAUAACGUUCAUAUUGAAGAAGCGGAAACUGGGCUUUACUUUGCAGAAAAUAGCUCUGGAAAUAGUAUGACAUUUCGGGAUAGUAGGAUCAGUCAAACGAGUGAAAAUGGUAUACUUAUAAAGUCACUUGCUUUGCGAUAUCUUGAUAUGACAGGAAGUGUUGUUGACAGGGCGGGGCAGAGAGGUAUACAUAUGGAGAAGAAUGGUCUGAGGCUUAUUGUAAACAAUGGGACGAUAACUCGUUCUACUUAUUAUGGAAUCCAAGCAGCGUAUGCUACGUUUGUGUUACUAGAUGGUGUGACCUUCGACUCCAAUUAUCAUCAUGGUGCAUACUUCCAAUAUCCGUUAAAUAUAUCCUUCACCAACUGUGUAUUCAUGAAAACAGAUCGAGAAAAUAGAUAUGCAGUAUAUAUUGAAAGUAUGGGUAGCAACUAUGGCGCUUCUCAAUCUCAGAUUACCAUGACAAUUAAAAACUCUGUGUUUGAGCAAAAUUCACGACAUGCUAUAAAAGUAACCACGCAUUAUCACAAUGUAAAUAUGUUCAUAAACAUCCAUAAUAAUCUAUUUCGUAACAACAGUGAUACUCUAAUGGACCUUGAUUUUUAUAAAGGAAUUGAUGUUUUGAUUGAAGAUAACACAAUAGAAUAUAAUAGCGGGUCGUCAAAUCUAAUAGAUUUACAUCCAAUAUAUAAUCGAUAUGAUAACCGACGGGUCAAAAGUGAAGUUCACAUUGUCGGAAAUGAAUUCUUGAGAAACGAAGGCCUGACGAUGGUUUACCUACACCCAGAUAACAUAGCGAAUAAUAGAGGCACGUUAACUGAUAACGCAUUCACUGACAACGUUGCAUCGCAAGGCAUCAUAAGGACAACGUCGGGGAAUUAUUCGAUGCAUUACAAUAUACUAGAAAACCCUUCAAGCGUUUAUGAGCUUUAUGUCGCAUAUGAUGGUGAUAACAUCAUAAACGCUACGUACAACUGGUGGGGAAGCGCAGUAGAAGCAUAUGCAGAUGAACGCAUAUUUGAUAAAGAAGAUGCAUUUAAUGCUGCAGAGGUAGUUUACAUUCCAAUGUUAUCAGGAAAAGUAUUUACAUGCUUUGCUGUGAACAACUGUUCUAACCAUGGCGAAUGUGUUAGACCUGAUAGAUGUCGCUGUGUUGAUGGCUGGCAGGGGCCAACAUGUAAUCAAGUCUCAUGUAAGCAGGUCUCUGACUGCUAUGGUAAUGGCAACUGUGUUGGACCAAAUGUUUGCGAAUGCACCGGGGGUUGGACUGGAGAGACCUGUGCAGAUGCAACAUGUUACAAUGUGAACAA